UUUUCUUUCUUCUCUUUUUUUUUUUUUUUUUUUCUUCGUUUACCGACGUACAACGGCCUAGCAACUCUUUCUGGUUCGCUGGCAACUUCUCGUUGCGUGUCUAACAACGUCGAAAUUAGCGUGUUCUACGAUCGCGCGUACCGUGCAAAGCUAGAGAUUCGCGAAUUUUAGGUCCGAUCGAAGCACUCGCCUGCGAAGCUACUUUCCCCUGGCUGUGCUCGAUAAAAUUAGCCGAGAAAGAGAGAGGUGUAGACUCGUCCUUCUUUUCUUUUCUCUCUUUCGUUCCGAUACGAACUCGAUUUCUGACGGCUGUCGUGAUAUUAAAGUCUCUCGCGAUUGUCGCUGUAAUCUUCUUCGUCGUAGUCGACGGUUAUUCAACGCGAAUCGCAGACGAGGAAGACAAUCUCCCGUAGCACGAUUACGUGGAUAUCGGCUCGAACGGAAGAGAAAAUCUAACGAUGGAAGCGUCGUUAAAUCGUCGCGCAUCUCCAACGCGUUUCGAGCGGGUUAAGUCGGUCGUUCCUUCUUUCUCGUUGACGAGGGAGCGUAAAGGACGAUGAAUCGUCUUCGAGGUGGCGCGACAAAGGGCAAGGAAAGAUAUCAAAGAAAGAGGAAUCUCGGGAGGAUUAAGAGAUGGCAUCGGCAGCGGCAGAAUUAGUGGCCGAGAGGGAAUUGGAACCGAUGCGAGAAAUGGUGGACGGGAACAGGACAACGUUCGUCGGUGCCCAAGGAUUGGUCAAAUUGGCCCUGGAACAGUACACGGAAAUUCUGGCGAGCGCCUCGGAUCCACGCGUUGGCAGCUGGCCUCUUAUGGAAUCGCCGAUACCGACGGUCGUCAUAGUCCUACUCUAUCUCUACUCCGUGACGAUAGCCGGUCCGCGCGUGAUGUCCAACAAAAAGCCUUAUAAUCUCAGAAACGUUCUCAUCGCCUACAAUGCCUUUCAGGUCGUCUUCUCUCUGGGAAUGCUUUACGAGCACCUGAUGUCCGGAUGGCUGUUGGACUACAGUUACAAGUGCCAGCCGGUCGACUACUCCCACAAUCCGUCCGCUUUAAGAAUGGCGAAUCUAUGCUGGUGGUACUUUAUCAGCAAGUUUACCGAAUUCGCCGACACGAUUUUCUUCGUCUUACGAAAGAAGGAGAGUCAAGUGACGUUUCUACAUUUGUACCAUCACUCUUUGACGCCUUUGGAGACAUGGAUUUGCGUUAAAUUCAUUCCCGGUGGACACGGUACCCUAGGAAAUCUCAUAAACAACGCGGUCCACGUGGUCAUGUACGCUUACUACAUGUUGGCUGCUAUGGGACCCGAAUACAAAAAGUAUUUGUGGUGGAAGAAACAUCUCACCACGAUUCAGCUGAUCCAAUUCUUUCUAGUGUUCGUGCAUAGCGCGCAGGCCUUGAUCUUCGACUGCGGAUACCCGAAGCUGGUCGCAAUCCUCUUGCUGCUUCACUCGACGAUCUUCUUUGCUCUUUUCUCCGAUUUUUAUCGGCGGGCCUAUCGCAGAACGAAGUCGAUCGAUAAGACGAAGGUGGAUUGAGAAUGGGAGAAGGACGAAAAGAAGGAGGAGCAGAAGGGGAGUAGGAGCGGGAGCAGGAGGAGGAGAAGGAAGAAAGCAAAAGGGGAAAAAAUAGAGAGAGAGAGAGAGGGCGGGG